UGGCGUCUGUGGUGGAGCGUCUUUGACCUCGCGAGCAAAGAACUUCAGAUAGCAGAACUGGAGAAGGAGUCCGCCGAGCCCGACUUCUGGAAUGACCAUCAACAGGCCCAAAGCAAGAUGCGUCAGUUGGGCCGGCUCCGCGACACAGUCGUCCUCUGGCGCGAUUUUGAGGCUCGAAGUACUGAUCUGCUGGAACUCACCGAGUUGGCCAUCGAAGAGGGAGAUUCCUCAUUUGAGGAACAGCUUGUCGCUGACACGGAAGCGCUGAGCGAUGCCCUUGCGCGGGAGGAGGUCAAGCUUACACUCUCAGGGCCGUAUGACGAACGCUCGGCGAUCAUCAGCAUUCACUCGUGCGCAGGAGGCACCGACUCCCACGACUGGGCUCAGAUGCUCCUCCAGAUGUACGUUGGCUGGGCCGAAACCGGGAAGCGGCCAGUGGAGGUGAUGGAUCUGUCUUAUGGUGAGGAGGCAGGACUGCGCAGCGGCAUCCUUGAGGUGGGUGGCGAUCACGCUUUCGGUUACCUGAGCGCAGAAUUGGGCGUGCACCGCCUCGUGCGUCUCUCGCCCUACGACCCCAACCAUCUGCGGCACACCUCGUUCGCCAACGUAGAGAUCCUUCCUGCCGUUGAGAGCGAGGGGGACAUCGACAUCCGCCCCGAAGACGUCAGGAUGGACACCUUCCGCUCCAGCGGCCCCGGCGGGCAGAACGUACAGAAAGUCGCCUCCGCCGUUCGGCUGACCCACAUUCCCACUGGCCUUGUCGUGUCCUGCCAGACCGAGCGCUCACAGCACCAGAACCGCGAAUACGCCAUGCGCAUCCUCCGCGCCCGCCUGCUGAAGCGCCAGGACGACGAGCGUGCAGAGGAACUGGCCAAGAUUCGCGGCGAGCGAACCAAUCCGGAGUGGGGCCACCAGAUUCGCAGCUACGUCUUGCACCCAUACAAGUCGGUAAAGGACCACCGCACCAACCUGCAGAGCACCAACCCCGACAACGUUCUCGCUGGCGAUAUAGACCCGUUUAUCGAGGCCUACCUCAUGCACCGGCUGGGCAAGGAGGAUUAG